AUAGGAAUGUGAAUAAGCAAAAGAUUGUUGUUGCUGUCGCUGUUGUUGUUGUUGAUAUACAAUGUUUUGUUUUUUUUAAAUACUUUUUUUUCGGAUGUUUAUUGUUAGUGUCUGUGUCGAUUGAUCACCAUUGGUUACUAGAUCAUCAUCAUCCACAUCAUCAAAAUUGGAUUGAAUGAGUUCGCCAUCGUUUCCAUGUUUCAAUUACCGUGUAUUUAAUUUAUCCAUCUUUUUUAUUUGAUCAACUAUCAACGUGUCUUGUCGGCUUGAUUUGAUUCAUUUUUCAGUUCAUCCACACCCGAUUUACCGCGUAGGAAAAUAAUUGAAAAAAUGUCGACCAAUAAAAAAUUCUUUUCAUCAUUUCGAAUGUUUAAUGCAAAUUUCUGCCUACUACAAUUGAUUAUAAUCAUUGUAAUAAUGGUUCGAAAUGUUCAUCAACAACAAUACCAUGAACGGACACCAAGUCCAAACAUACAACAACAAAUGGCAACAACAAUAAAAACAUUAUCAUGUAAAGCAUCAAUGAUACCACGUAUGUUAACCAUAAAACCAUCAUCAUCAUCAUUAUCAUCUGGUUUAGAUAUUGUUACCACUCAAGAUACAAUAACUGUUCGUUGUAUGGCUAAUUUAACCGAUCUGAAUGAUAAUUUCAUUCAUCCGGUAUUUGAUUUAUCAUUUGGUGAUACAACCAAUACUGGUGUUUAUAUUGUACGUGGACAACCUGAUUGUUUUGAUAAUUAUACUAGAUGUAAAAGUGAAUUUCAUGUAUCAACAUUGGCAUUGAUUAAAUUAUUAUUACCAUCAUCAUCUACAACAGCAAAUCAUCGUCCUCAAUAUUCGACAUCAUCACCGAAUACAAUAAAAGUUACAUGUGAUGUUGCCGAUACAUCUGGUUAUUCACGGCUACCUAUACGUUGUAAUGAUUCGGGUUUUUUUCAUUUUCCAAAAGUGUUUAAUUAUGGUGAUAUGUGCUACGCCAAAACUGGUUCGACUGAAGAUGUAUGUGGAACAAAUAUGAAAUGUUUGAAAGUUGACAAAAAUUCACCAUCAUCAUCAAUGUCGUGUCAAUGUAAACAUGGAUAUUCAAAUGUAACCAUUUGGAUAAUGGCAAUGAAUUUAGCCAAAACAAUUUGUAUAAAACCGAUUGGAUUACAACAACAACAACAAUGUUUAAUCAAUGAACAAUGUAUGGCAAUGGAUUCAAAUUCUAUUUGUCAAUAUGAUAAUAAAUAUGGCUAUCCAAUAUGUAAAUGUCGACAUGGUUAUCAUCCAAAACAAAAUAAUUCAAUCUGUCAAUCAAUUGAACGAACAACAGUACAACCAUGUACUACUGAUAUUGAAUCAACAUUAUCGAAUCAGCCUAAAAACACUGUAUCACCAUCACCAAUUAUCGAUAAACAAAUGAAAUCGAACGAAGAAUCAAGUCCAUUGUCGAAUAAAAUAAGCCAUUUAGGUUUGGUCAUAUUUUUAAUCGUACUAUUAUGGGCAAUCAUUAUUGCAGCUGUUUUAGUCAGAUAUGCAAAACAAAACAACAUUUAGAUAUUCAUUAUCAUCAUC